CGGUGUCAGGGAGGGCGAGUAAUUUGAGACAGGAGGGUGUGGGGUCAGGCAUUGUAUUGCUUCAAACAGGGUAAAGGGUUCAGUGUGAGGAGUGAGAGGCACAGAGGAGCUGAGCUGCCGGGUCCUGAAAGGUUCCAAAUGGAGAAGAUCCUUGUGCCGCUGAUCAUCCUGACCCCCGUCUUCCUGGGGGUCCUCUCUGUUCCUCUGACGGAUCCGCUCCCGUCCCUGCGCUUCGUGGUCAUUGGUGACUGGGGUGGGAUACCUCUCCCCCCCUUCUACACAAAACAGGAGACGCUGGUGGCGGAGGAGAUGGGUAAAGUUGUGAACAGCUGGGGGGCGCACUUCGUCCUCUCCGUGGGGGACAACUUCUACUACGAUGGCGUCCAAGACGUAACGGACCCCAGGUUUAAGGCUACGUUUGAGUCCGUGUAUAACGCCGACUCCCUCCUCGAUGUGCCCUGGUACGUUAUCGCCGGAAACCACGAUCACAACGGGAACGUUUCAGCGCAGAUCGCGUACUCCAACGUCUCCGCUCGCUGGAACUACCCCGAGUUGUACUACGACCGCGUGUUCUCGGUCCCCGGCACGAACGUUUCCGUGCGUCUCCUGCUCCUGGACACGGUGACGCUGUGCGGGAACUCCGAUGACUUCUUGACGGGGCAGCCGGCUGGCCCGGUGAGCAGGAGGACCGCCGACAAGCAGCUGGAGUGGCUGGAGGAGAAGCUGAGCGGCGCCCAGGAGCAAUACGUGGUGGUCGCCGGCCAUUACCCUGUCUGGUCCGUGGCGGAGCACGGCCCGACCCAUUGCUUAAUUCAUCACGUGGACCCGCUGUUGAAGAAGUACAAAGCCACGGCCUACAUGUGCGGUCACGAUCACAACUUGCAGUAUCUCCAGGAUGAGGCCGGUAUCGGUCACAUACUUAGCGGCGCAGGCAAUUUCAUGGAGAACUCCCGCAAGCACGAAGACGAGGUACCGGAAGGCUACCUACGCUUCUUCCAAGGCGAUGCCGAAAGCAUGGGGGGCUUCGUCUACGUAAAUGUCACCCCUAAGGAAAUGAACAUCACGUACAUACAGCCUGGGGGCAAGAGCCUGUUCCAGACCACCCUGCCGCCGCGCUUUGCUUAGCACGAGCAAGGAUGGCGCCAGCCACCCGGUUAUUUUUAUGGAAUUCCUUUUUAUUCUGGGUUUUUAAACUAAAGUUGGACGUUGGGGAAAGGAGAAAAAGUUCUGGGCAUUAAAAAAAAAAAAAAAAAACAAACCCACGGAUCCAUCAUCGGACAGAGCAUGAGGAAUGCAGAACCUGAACAUCUCGGUUCUUCGUUUUGUGAUGACAUCAUCACUUUAAAAAAAAAAAAGUGCAUUCAACCCCUGAACGCCAAGCUAGUCUGAAUUUGUGACAAAAGUCCCAAAAUAUCAGAAUCUCCAAGAUGUUUUUAUUGAAUAGAACAUAGCUGGCAGCGCGGUCUGUUCUUUAACUCCUUUCCUUCCUGCAAAUCUUGGUGUGGCUUUUAAAAAUUAACCAAUUUAGUGCCGGCCGCACACAUCAACCAAUCGCCAUUCAAAUAAUUGAAUUUGCUUAAAUUUUAAUUACCAAUUUUUUUUAUUAAUAAUCUGUUGCGGUCCAGGCUUUUAUGAUACUUUAAAUACUCUGGUAAUUUCCUGCUAAAUUUAAAUACCCAAUAUUCAUAUAGUAGACGGUGUUUACAAAUAAAAUUUUAAAUGUUGUGUUUUCUGAGAAUGCCGUGUUUCAAAGAUUACGCUUCGCUGUACAUUUCUGAAAACUUGAAGGCCGAAUCUUACACGGGAACAUUUCUCCGUAAAUUGCACUGGAGCAGCAGUUGCUGGUUUUUACUCUUGUGACAACUUUUCAGUUUUAAUGAAAAAAAAAUGUAUUUUUGUCAGUUUAUACAUGUUGUUGUUUGUUUUGUUUUUUUCCAUAUAUUAUAUAGAAAUAAAAUGUCAUGACGACGACCA